UGCAUGCAGGUUGGCUGGUUCCAUGGAAGAAAAUUUCGCUCACGAUAAUUUAGACCGCUUUGGCCGGGCUGCCUUAGAUUCCCUUCAGGAGGAAGUAGGGUUUUGGAUGAUUCGCUGACUGAUCAGUUCUUUUGCUUGCGCCUUCCUCGCCCUCUCUCGUUCUUUCCUCAUGUUCGAUCAAUAUUUCCGACGAAGCUCGGCUGCCGCGUUGUGAUGGAAACCGGCUUGAAUACCGCGGGAGAAAAGUAGGCCAACUUUGAUCUCAAAUGUUGCUCUGGGGAGAAUUCGGACGCCAUGAGACGUAUAUUUUUUCAUUAACAGGCUUAUGAAAUAUAGAAGGCGAACUACUUCCCACUUGUGCCAAGAAGUACCGAGUUCGACGCGGCCUCUCUGCAUUGCACUGUGUAGGGGUAAAGCUUGCCUUGUAUAAUAUCCUUCCCCAGAACCCACCUGAUGUGGGAGCUUCUAACAUUGACUAUCGUGAAUUAAUAUGACGUUCUUGGAUAACUAAAAUGAUGGCGCAAGGUGAGAUGAGUAGAGCAGAAACUAUGAACAUCGACGAAUUGGAGAAUUUGAUGGCAACGAAGCUAACUUACUAUAGAUCAAUUUACAAAGAUCACGAGCAGCGAAGAAAAUUGUGCAUAAUUUUCCGAGUUCCAAAACAUAUUAAGCAAGUUGACAAGUUAUCUUAUGAACCAAAAGUUAUGUCCAUAGGUCCUUAUUACCAUGGAAAUUCUUCCCUGCAGUUUAUGGAGAAAGUAAAAUGGAACUGCUUAGAUUAUGUUCUUAAACUGAACUGCGGGAAAAAGUUAGAGGUCUAUCUAACAAUGAUGGAGAGUCUUGAGAAGCAGGCAAGGAGUUGCUAUUCUGAGGAAGUUUCUCUGGAAAGUGACAUGUUCCUGCGAAUGCUCCUGCUUGAUGGAUGCUUUGUGCUUGUUUAUCUAGGUGGAACGAACGACUUAAAUUGGUGUGUUAGUGAACAGAAUGCAUGUGGUAGUAAUUAUCAGGGGGGAGAACCACUUCAAUACACAAUAGCACAACCAGAGGAGAUUACGGAGCAUGCAUCAAAUGAGGGAACACGUACUGAAAGUAUGAGAUUGAUUGCUGGGACAUCAUCUGAUUUAUGUUCAACAGAAAGUGUGGAACUUGGGCAUAUUAGUACGGGCGAACAAUGCUAUGAUCGGAAGGAUCCCGACCAACCCAAAUGUGACCCAAUUUCUGAAUGGCACCACGCCCAUGUAUUUCGCGACCUACUUCUUCUUGAGAACCAAUUACCAUUUUCCAUUGUGAAGAGAAUAUAUGGGUUACUUGUUGGACACGAUGCUGUAGAUCUACUUACAGAAAAGGUCCGUAAAUAUUUAGAACUCAAUAUUCAGAAGUACACAACAAUUGCUCGUAAUUUUGAUGGGCAAACAGACUUCCACCACUUGCUCCAUUUGUGUCAUAUGUACUUCCGGCCUCAACAAAGGAUUCAACCAGAGCAGCAUUGUCAAAUUAGAAACCGAUGGUUGCAUCCUCUCACAACUUUGUGGCACACAUAUUACAAAAGAAGUUAUUUCGAAGAGUUGUCUAUCAAUCAGCAGGCAUCUCAUAUAAGUUCUUGUCAGACACUGAAUCGAUGGCGACAAGCGGAACAGUAUCAUGAAGCUGGAAUUGAGUUUAAGUGCAAAGAGCACAACAAACAUAACCCGCCUUCUCUUCUGGACAUAACUUUUGACAAGGGUGAGGUGGAAAUUCCAUGCUUGCUUAUUGAUGAAAAUACCAUUUGCCUCUUCAGGAACUUGGUUGCAUUUGAGCAAACAUGCUCGCAGUAUGGAAAUGAUGUCACUUCCUAUAUCGCUUUUAUGUCCCAGCUUGUUAGUACCCCCUGUGAUGUUGCACUGCUUGCUCGCAAAGGAAUAAUCCUACACCACAUGCGUACUGAUGAAGAAGUGUCAACUCUUUUCAGUAAGCUGGGUAAGAAUGUGGACUUUGAUCAGAACGGUGCACACUAUCUUAAAUCUGUCUGCCGUAUGAUGAAAGAGUAUUAUCAGAAUUGUGUAAAUAGAUGGAUGGCCUGGUUGUGGCAUAAUCAUCUAAAAAAUCCAUGGUUGGUCUUAGUUGUAGUAGCAGCAGCUAUCGUUCUUCUCUGCACCAUUAUCCAAUCAUUGUUAUCCUUGCUUGCGUAUUUGGAUCAGACAACGGGUACUAAUUAGGCAACCAGCUAGGUGGGCACUUGUUUCCCAACCCAUCAGAAGACAGUCUACUUCUGGAUAUCUUAAUAGAAGGUUAAUUGUUUCUAUGUUUUCCGUCGACAGGUUCCACACAAUUUAUAAACAUUGGGUUGGACACUAAUGUACUCCUCCAGGCAUAAGAACAAUGGUGCCCAUACCCUGAUUGGAAAUCAUUUGUUAGUGCCU